UUGACCACGUUUUUGAGAGUUCAGAUAUUUUCUAAGUAUUCAUCUUGAACAAAAUAUUUUCUCAUCUUCAUCUUUUCUAUUUGAAUAAAUUUCACCAGCAAAGCCUAGCAAUAAAUGAAAAUUUAAAAUGAGUGAAAACAAAAAAACAAUAAAAGUUAAGUUGAGUGAUGAAGAUUAUCAUGACAUUGUUAUUGACUUGAAUAAUGAAACCUGUGAAUACAAUCAACAACUAUUUCAACAGAUUGCAUCCUACACCGGAAUACCAAUUUUGUACUUAAGUUCCAGCUUCAUUAAGAAUGGAGAAUCAUAUUUUUGGAUACGCAAUAUGAAUCGCGCGUGGAGACAUACAGCCAGGAAUAGAGCAGCUGAAGCUGUUAGAAAUAGAUUAAAUGAUGGCGACUGCUUUACUCUUGGUUUUUGUCUUCAUUUCCUAAGUGAUCACGAUCAUCUUUUUGAUGUGAAUGUUGAGCUAAUCGACUCAAUGAAUUCCCAUGGCAAUGAAUGUAAUUCAUUUUGGUGUAAACAUAAAAGUACUAGAGUUUACUUGGACAAGAUAAUAGGAAUACUUACAAACUCGGAGUUACAAAAGAAAAUCAAAGCUGAACUUCCUGCUGAAAGAUACUCUGAUAAUGGGGAUGAAUGGAUGAAACUGCUGGUUAACUUUAAUAUACAACAGUAUUUAUUAGGAUUCUGUACUUUACAUGCCCAUCAACGUUGGCGUCCUUAUUUACCACAUCGAGGUUAAUAAAUGUGAAUACAGACGUUAUCAGUUAGCUAAUUGUGAUCAAAUUUUUACUUUUUGAGAAGUAAAUUGUGUAUUUCAGUGUUUCACUAUUUUCAUUAUCAUUCGUAUUACAGUUAGUUAUUACACUUAGAUUUUUAGGUAUAAAAUUUUUAAUCAUUAAUAAUGCUAAAC